AUGUACAACUUAAUUCGCUUAAUUAUUUUACUAUUUUGUACUGCCGUGAGCAGUGGACAAUUGAAUUCGAAAUUAUUAACAACUUCAAAACUCCAAGAAAAUGUACAUUUUUAUACCGAACUACUAAUGGAAAUUAAAUCUCAAAAGAACUUUGAUUCUAUACUGAUGGUGCACGAGAAAUUGCAAAAUGAGGUUCUAGAAGCAUGUGAAAAAUAUAAAAUUACAAAUGGAAUUUUGCAUUUUCUAAAUUCGUCUAUUUUGGAAGAAGUUUCUGAGGAAUAUUUACAGUUAUUGCCAUAUCCUCAGUAUCAUUUGAAAACGAGACAUUUUGGUCGAAUAAAUGAAGAUUACUUUCCCAUACAUUGGCGUGAUAUGAAAGGUAAAACAUUAAUGACGUUACCUGAUCAAUUGGUGCCACGCUCUAUAAUGUAUAGAGAUAGAAAAGGUCAAAUAAAGCCGGAAAUUGGUAAAAUUAUACACUAUAGUUUUAUUUUGAAUAUGACUAAACGUGGGGAAUUGGAUAUGCCCAUGUCGGUGAAUCCAAUUUUUACCGCUCGUUCUUUAAGGCACAUGUCCUACCCCACUGAAGUAAGUAAAUGGAUGAUUAUGAUACCCUGCUCUACAAGAAUGACAAUUUGUGAUGUUUACGAAUUAAUGUUAACACCACAAUUAUUUGGUGUAAUUAUCAUCUUUACUGUAACAUUUUCUGUGGUUCAUACCAUUAUUGAGAAGUUAUUCUAUAAACAAAUGAUCUGGUUAAAUCUAGUAAUGUGCGAUAAAGUUAUACCAGGUGUAUUGGGACAAUCGUUUAAUGUCAAAAAAUCAAGUGUAUUAAGUCUUCAAAUUGAAGCCGACGAUGACAUUUUUAAUAAUGAAAUGAAAGGAACUAUAGUUUAUACCGAUAAUUCGACAUUAUUCGGAGAAGUGAGAGAUAGUUUCAACUCUACUUACGGCUAUACGGUUACAUUGACUCUUUGGAACAUUUAUUCGCAUGUACAAAUGUAUUAUGCCCAGAAGAAAUUUUGUGUUUCUGAAGAUAUGAAUAUAUGGAAUGUAUUACUAUUUGGUUUACCAUUGGGAAAACAUUCACCCUAUAAGGAACCAUUGGAUUAUCUAGUGCAUAAAAUACAUUCAAGUGGUUUGCUGCAUGCUUGGAGAUUAGACAUUUUUAAUGAUUUAUUGAAUUCGAAUAGAAUUACCUUUCAUGAUGCGAGUCGAUUUAAAACUUAUGAAGAUUUAACGGAACAUGAUUUGCUAUUGGUUUGGAUAAUAUUGUUAAUUGGUUUGAUAUGCAGCGUAAUGAUGUUUUUCAUUGAAAUUGUGUUACAUUCUUGUAUGAAGAAGUAUUUUGAAGAAGAGAGAAAAUAGUUGAGUUUUAUGAAGUGUUUAUUUAGUAAUAAUAAAUGUUAAUCAUAAUG